AAGACCGCGGCGCGGCGUCUUUGUGGAAGCAGCUGCCGGCGGGGAGGAAGUUCCGGUGUCCGCGGCGCUGGGUCGGUGGCGGCGGCCGAGAAGAAGGAGGAGGAGGAGGUGGAGGAGGAGGAGGAGCGGGCCGCGGAGGCUGAGCUCCUUCGGUACUACUCUAAGUAGAGUUUGUUAGAAAAAAGGAUCUACUUACUGAGCCCCUCCUGAGAUAGAAAGAGAUGUGGGGGGAUUCUCGAUCUGCUAACAGAACAGGACCUUUUCGUGGGAGCCAAGAAGAAAGGUUUGCUCCCGGGUGGAACAGGGAUUAUCCUCCUCCUCCCCUUAAGAGUCAUGCUCAAGAGAGACACUCUGGCAACUUUCCUGGCAGAGAUUCACUUCCCUUUGAUUUCCAGGGGCAUUCGGGGCCUCCCUUUGCAAAUGUAGAGGAGCAUUCUUUCAGCUAUGGAGCUAGAGAUGGACCGCAUGGUGACUAUCGAGGAGGGGAGGGACCUGGACAUGAUUUCAGGGGGGGAGAUUUUUCAUCUUCUGAAUUCCAGAGCAGAGAUUCUUCACAGUUGGACUUCAGGGGUAGGGACAUACAUUCUGGGGAUUUUCGGGAUAGAGAAGGGCCACCUAUGGACUAUAGGGGUGGAGAUGGUACUUCUAUGGAUUAUAGAAGUAGGGAGACACCUCAUAUGAACUAUAGAGACAGAGAUGCUCACACUGUUGAAUUCAGAGGUAGGGAUGCUUCUAGGGGCCGGGGCACUUAUGAUGUAGAUUUUAGAGGCCGGGAUGGGUCCCAUGCAGAUUUUAGGGCAAGAGAUUUAUCAGAUUUGGAUUUCAGGACCAGAGAUCAGUCUCGUUCUGAUUUUAGGAAUAGAGAUAUAUCUGAUUUGGACUUCAGGGAUAAAGAUGGAACACAGUUGGACUUUAGAGGUCGAGGUUCAGGUACUACUGAUCUAGACUUUAGGGACAGGGAUACACCACAUUCAAAUUUCAGAGGUAGACACCGGUCCAGGACUGAUCAGGAUUUUAGGGGCAGAGAGGUGGGACCUUGUAUGGAAUUUAAAGAUAGGGAGAUGCCUCCUGGGGAUCCAAAAAUUUUGGAUUACAUUCAGCCUUCUGCGCAAGAUAGAGAACAUUCUGGUAUCAAUGUGAACAAGAGAGAAGAAUCCACACAUGACCAUACAGUAGAAAAGCCUGCUUUUUGUGUUCAGAAGGGAGAAUUUGAGCAUUCAGAAACAAGAGAAGGAGAAACAAAAGGUGUAGCCUUUGAACAUGAAUCUCCAUCAGACUUUCAGAACAGCCAAAGUCCUAUUCAAGACCAAGACAAAUCACAGCUUUCUGGAGGUGAACAGAGUUCAGAUGCUGGUCUGUUUAAAGAAGAAGGUGAUCUGGAUUUUCUUGGCCAACAAGACACUGAUUACAGAAGCAUGGAGUACCGUGAUGUGGAUCAUAGGUUGCCAGGAAGCCAGAUAUUUGGCUAUGGCCAGAGCAAGUCUUUUCCAGAGGGCAAAACUGCCCGAGAUGCCCAACGAGACCUUCAGGAUCAAGAUUACAGGACUGGCACAAGUGAGGAGAAGAAGCCUAGCAGGUUUAUUCGAUUAAGUGGGGUGCCUGAAAAUGCCACAAAAGAAGAGAUUCUUAACGCCUUUCGGACUCCCGAUGACAUGCCUAUAAAGGAGUUGCAGUUAAAGGAGUAUAACACAGGUUACGACUAUGGCUAUGUCUGCGUGGAGUUUUCACUCUUGGAAGAUGCCAUCGGAUGCAUGGAGGCCAACCAGGGAACUCUAAUGAUCCAUGACAAAGAGGUCACCCUUGAAUAUUUACCAAGCACGGAAUUUUGGUACUGCAAACGAUGUAAAGCUAGCACUGGUGGGCAUCGAUUUUCAUGUUCAUUCUGCAAGUGCCCAAGGGAAGAGACCAAGCAAGAAUUAAUAACCUACCCUCAGCCUCAGAAAACAUCCAUACCACCAUCACUGGAAAAACAAUCCAACCAGUCCCCAAGGCCAGCUGAUAAGGAACCUGAAUCCAGGAAGCAAGAAGAAGGACAAGAACCACGCAUGGGACAUCAAAAGAGAGAAUCAGAAAGAUAUGUGCCACAUUCUCGAAGGGAAGGAUUCACUUUCCGCAGAGACCGAGAGAAGGAGCCAUGGUCUGGAGAGACUCGGCAAGAUGGAGAAAGCAAAACAAUAAUGCUAAAACGCAUCUAUCGUUCCACUCCACCUGAGGUGAUAGUGGAAGUGCUGGAGCCCUACGUCCACCUCACUACUGCCAAUGUCCGUAUCAUCAAGAACAGAACUGGCCCCAUGGGCCACACCUAUGGCUUUAUAGACCUCGACUCCCAUGCGGAAGCUCUUCGUGUAGUGAAGAUCUUACAGAACCUUGAUCCACCAUUUAGCAUUGAUGGGAAGAUGGUAGCUGUAAACUUGGCCACUGGAAAACGAAGGUAUGGCAGAGGGCUGAAGAUACCUUCUACUGCCCCCUCUUCAGUUUCUGGGAAGAAACUCCUCUUCCUGUCUGGAGAAAAAAAUGACUCUGGGGACCAUUCUGACCACAUGCAUUACUAUCAGGGUAAAAAAUAUUUCCGAGAUAGGAGGGGAGGUGGCAGAAAUUCAGACUGGUCUUCAGAUACAAAUCGACAAGGACAGCAGUCAUCAUCUGACUGUUACAUAUAUGAUUCUGCUACUGGCUACUAUUACGAUCCCUUGGCAGGAACUUAUUAUGACCCCAACACCCAGCAAGAAGUCUAUGUGCCACAGGACCCUGGGUCAUCUGAGGAAGAAGAGAUCAAAGAAAAGAAACCCACCAGUCAAGGGAAGUCAAGUAGCAAAAAGGAAAUGCCUAAAAAAGAUAGCAAGGAGAAAAAAGACAGAGGAGUAACAAGGUUUCAGGAAAAUGCCAGCGAGGGAAAGGCCCCUCCAGAGGAUGUCUUUAAGAAGCCCCUGCCUCCCACUGUGAAGAAGGAAGAAAGCCCUCCUCCACCGAAGGUGGUAAACCCACUGAUUGGCCUCCUGGGUGAAUAUGGAGGAGACAGUGACUAUGAAGAAGAAGAGGAGGAGGAACAGACCCCUCCUCUACAGCCCCGCCCAACACAGCCCCAGUCACGGGAACUGAUGACCAAGAAGGAGAAUGAAGAAGACAAACUUACUGACUGGAAUAAACUGGCUUGUCUGCUCUGCAGAAGACAGUUUCCCAAUAAAGAAGUUCUAAUCAAACACCAGCAGCUGUCAGAUCUGCACAAGCAAAACCUGGAAAUUCACCGGAAGAUAAAACAGUCUGAGCAGGAGCUAGCCUACCUGGAGAGGAGAGAACGGGAGGGACGGUUUAAAGAGAAGGGAAAUGAUCGCAGGGAAAAGCUCCAGUCUUUUGACUCUCCAGAAAGGAAACGGAUUAAAUACUCCAGAGAAACUGACAGUGAUCGUAAACCUGCUGAUAAAGAAGACCUUGACACUAGCAGCAAAGGAGGCUGUGUCCAGCAGGCCACUGGCUGGAGGAAAGGGGCAGGUUUGGGAUAUGGCCAUCCUGGAUUGGGUUCAUCAGAGGAGACCGAAGGCCGGAUGAGGGGAUCUGGAGUUGGCACUCCAGGAAGAACCAGCAAGAGACAGUCCAAUGAGACUUACCGAGAUGCUGUUCGAAGAGUCAUGUUUGCUCGGUAUAAAGAACUUGAUUAAGAAUGGAGACAAGUCCCAGAGGACACACCUCCUUUUUUGUUUGUCUGUCUCUCCUUUUGUUUUGUUACUGUUCUUGCUGCUAGAACUUUUUUAAAUAAACUUUUUUUCAAUGUGA